AUGGUUAUGGAAUCUUUUAUCCCAGCACGUACAUUCCUCAGAAUCCUUGGUUUAAUGGCAGCCUGUAUAGAUUUGGUACCUCUUGCCAGACUCAAGAUGCGUCCCAUUCAGUUCUGCCUUCUGUCUCAGUGGCGUCCACAUGUGGACGAACUGGAUCAUCUGAUUCAAAUGGACAGUUUCCUCAUCCCACAUCUUCUCUGGUGGAUAGAGAGAGGGAAUGUUCUGGCAGGAACGUCUAUUCUGAGCUUCAGAGCAGACCUAACCUUGUGGACGGAUGCAUCAACUUACGGGUGGGGAGCCCACCUAGAGGAUCGCAAUGUGUCGGGGAAAUGGACGGUGAUAGAACAGUCAUCACAUAUAAAUCUGUUGGAACUCAGUGCAGUGGAGAAUGCACUUCAUCACUUCAGGGACAAUGUCAAACACAGGCAAGUCUUGCUGAGGACAGACAAUUCAACAGUAGUGUCUUACAUCAAUCGCCAAGGGGGGACAAAGUCUGCAGCCCUAUGCGUGAUGACAUGGAGGAUUCUGCAUUGGUGUCACCUUCUCGGGAUACAGCUCAAAGCAGCUCACAUUCCAGGGAAAAAGAAUGUAAUAGCGGAUCAGUUGUCCAGAGGGCGACAAAUUCCCAAGAUGACAGAAUGGAGUCUCAACCAAGAAAUAGUUCAGCAGAUUUUUCGAGUUUUUCCCACUCCAAACAUAGAUUUAUUCGCAACAAGGGAAAACCGGAAACUAGCAGUGUUUUGUUCUCCGUUUCCAGACCCCUUGGCAUGGGAAUGCGAUGCGCUAGCUGUAGAUUGGACAGGAAUGUUUGCAUAUGCAUUUCCGCCUCCCAUAUUAAUUCCGAAAGUACUCAGGAAAGUGGAACAGGAGUCGUGUGUUCUUCUCCUCAUCGCUCCGUUUUCACCAAGACAGUCAUGGUUUCCAGACCUACUACAUCUAUUGGUCGACAUUCCAAGGGAACUUCCAAUAAUAAGAGACAUGUUGACUCAAAGAAGAGGGCAGUUCAUUCAUCCAAGUCCAGAAAGUCUGCAUCUGGCGGUUUGGAAAAUUUCAAACAACAAAGAACAGAGAAUAGAUUUUCUGAGAAAGCUAAGUCAUUUAUCUUCAACUCACGAAGACAGUCAACAAGAAAAAUGUAUGAUGCUAGAAUACGAAUCUACAAGGAAUGGUGUGCCAAGAACCAAAAGGAUUCAGUUGAGGCCACUGUAG